GAUCAUUAAUUCUGCAGGUAGCAAGCACAGUGGCCAUGGAGAACAAUCUUGCAGAGACGUUGCUACCGGCUACCAAAGAACAAGAAAACACCACUAAUCUGAGAACGAAGGUUAUGAAUCAAUCAAAGACCAUCUGAAGAAUCAGCUUCCUCGGAAUAAUCGCCAAAGUCACGUCUUUCUGUCUCAUCAUCGUCACUCAGUCCUUCCUGGAUCAUGUCAGUGAUAUCCAACUCGCUACCUUCGCCUUCGUCCAAAGCAUUUUCUUUCGCUUCAUCAAUGGAAUCUUCAUCGGCAUGUCAAGUGCGGUCGAAACAUUAUGCGGCCAAGCGUACGGUGCCGGACAGUACCACAUGAUGGGAAUUUACUUGCAGAGGUCUUGGAUUGUUGACGGAGUAGUGGCGACUCUGGCAGUUCCGCUCUUCGUAUUUGCCAGGCAAAUCUUGAGACUUCUGGGUGAGGAGGAAGAGAUGGCAGUGGCGAUGAAGAACAUGAUCAUUGGCUGGCUUUCUGCUUUUUCCUUCCUGCUUCAUCUGUUGCUCUCAUGGAUCCUCGUUUAUAAGCUUGAUUGGGGAGUCAACGGAGCAAUGGCCGCCUUGAAUAUCUCCGGUUGGUCAACGGUAUCGGCGAGUUCGUGUACAUAUUUGGAGGUUGGCGUCGGAAUAUAUGGAAAGGGUUAAGUAAAGCUGCCUUCCAAGACAUUCUCCCUGUGAUCAAGCUCUCCUUGUCCUCUGGUAUUAUGUUGUGGGUGUUGACCGAGAAUGAAAAUUUUGGAGAGUGUUGACCGCGUAAAACAAUAAUAUUCAGGGUGCAAAUAAGGGCUUUGAUAUUCCUUCUUUGAGGGCAAUUUGGUUGAUAAUUUUUUGGUUUUUGAUAGCUUGGAACUGUGGUACAACUCUAUUUUGGUGUUGUUGGCUGAAUAUAUGAAGAAUGCAACCGUUGCCAUCUCUGCUUUAUCCAUCUGGUAAGUCCCCCCUCCCUCUUUACAGAAGCUGUAAUUGAAUAAAUUGCAUAAGUGGUA